CACAGCUCGUUAUUCGCAUAGACUAUAGAGUUCACAUAACUAAAAGCGCUUCGGGCUACUGCGUGCUCAUAGAGGAAAAAAUCUUUCAUGUAUGGAGGGAGCUCACGAACAGGAACAGCGUAAUUCACCACAAGAACGGGCACAUCUUGCCGAACAAAAUGAGGAGAAGAAGGAAGCAGAUGAAAGAAAUAGACGUCAGACAAUAUUUCAAGCCCUUGCUGAUUUUGUUUGUUCUGACAGCUUCAACAGUUUCUUAAAGGUCAUCUUCAUCUUGCUUUGCAUACCUCAUGUGAUUUCGACUGUUUUCUUCUCCAUUUUUGACGCAUGGUGCAAUUUAUAUGAGCGAGCCUCUGUGACCAAUUGUUCCCAGCCUUUCUUCGUGCCGCAUCCCAGACAAUGGAUCUCAGCUUGGCUCGUGAUGUCAAUCAUAUCUCCCUGUCUUUUUAUGUUCAUCGUCUACACGGAUUCCCAGACGUGCAACUUCCAACGGAAGGGGUUCAGAAAGAUCUACAGAAAGGGAUCGUUUGGUUCAUUGAUGUUUUUACUCGUAGCGUCACUCAUAUAUUACUUCGUUCGGUUGGUUCCCUCAAAACAGGAUACAACCAGCAAGUUCAUAUCAGCCAUGAUGUUUCUUUGGAGUCCAGUGAAUGCAUUCGUAAUUUGUUUUAUCAAUUACAUUCCUCGUGUACGGUGGCAGAAAACAAAGACACAAGGGCUCACCGAGUGGCUAGGAUGCUUCUCUAAAAAUGCCAAUUUUUUCGUCUACUGGCUUGCUAUUUUGGUGUAUUUGUUUGUAGUGAUUUGUAAGAAUGUGGACAUUAUGCUGAACGUGGCCCAAAGUUUCGACCCGUUUCUCCAGAGGAAUUAUUCCCACUCGUACAGCCCCUAUUGGGGGCUGAUUGUGAUAAUAAUUGGCUUCAAUUUGGCGUUUCAUGCACGUUUGCUCACCUUCUAUUAUGAAAAGAUUUUCUACGGAAAUAGAGAUCUUUUUGCAGAACCUGGUGGCGAUAUGGUGUUUGACGAGGAAGACUCGACAGAUAUAAAAUUACAAGAGUUGGCGCAUGAAGAGAGAGAACACUGCGUUUAAUAUCAAAAUCCGAGCACACCUAUGAUAACAUCACCUUCGUAACAUUUUCAUUUCAUCUUUACUUUUUCAACCUUUAUAUUUUUGUAUAUAGAUUAUAUAUUACUCCAGCUCAUCCAGGGCAGGAUGGGGUGUCUGUGUAUUGGCCAUGUAUAGCUCUCUUGUAUGCUGUUCGUUUUCAUUGUGAUAUUGCUCAAUUGCACGAAAAGAUUUUUAUCGCUUUCCCGGUGCAGCCCAUAUGGUAACAUGAAUAAAUGAAGACCACGCAUUUAAAGAAUCAUAACAGUACUCUCGGAGGGAGGGAAGGUGAAGGGGCGAUAUUCAGGCCGAGACGAACCUUGAACUGUUGUUCAUGCUC